ACGAACAGACUCAUAUGAAUGCUAUCUGAACCAAGCAAACUUGGAAAUUAUCUUUGAUAAACAUUACCUUUCUGCCAAAAUUGAUUCUGAAGUUAUUAAUAUUUGGUUCCAGAAGCUUUUAAAUGAAAAUAAUAUG